AAUCCCAGCGGAUCGAUGAUAUCCGCCGACGAGUUGUUCCUCGACGGCAAGAUCCGGCCGAUGAAGCUCUCGUCCCAUCUCCAGCGUCCUCAGCACCUCGCUCCGCUUCUAGAUCUGAACGAAGAAGACGAAGACGAGGCAAGAGAGGGGGAAAUGAGCGGACGAAGUCGAGAGGUGAGGUUAAGGAGUCGAUCCAUGCAUCGGCGAGCUAGAUCCAUGUCGCCGAUGAGGAACUCGAGGUUCCAGUGGCAGGACGAAGAGGAGGAAGAGGAGAAGAAGGAUCUCGAAGCGGAUCCAGAUCUUGAUCUAGAUCCGACAAAAGAGAGCGAAACCGUGACGCCGUCGGAUUCCUCAGCCUCAUCCUCGAGAUCAUCGUCCUCCGUCCGAAACUCGAAGCGCUGGAUCUUUCUGAAAGAUUUUCUCUACAGAAGUAAAAGCGAAGGUGGAGGAAGAACCAACGCUAAAGAGAAAGAAAAGGAGAAGGAAAAAGAAAAAUUCUGGAACUCGAUCUCCUUCACUCCGUCAAAGGUUAAAGACGCCGUUAAGUCUCCAGCGAAGACGUUAAAGAAACCGACUAACGGCGUUGGAAAACGUCGAGGGCCGUUACCGUCUGCGCACGAGAGGCAUUACACGGCGAAGCGAGCGCAGGCGGAGGAGAUGAGGAAACGGACGUUUCUCCCUUACCGUCAGGGACUGCUCGGUUGCCUAGGGUUUAGCUCGAGGAGUUACGGCGCUAUGAAUGGGUUUGCUCGAACCCUUAAUCCCGUCUCCUCGGGUUAAUUAAAUUUCUUAAUUACCGUAAUUAAUUAAAGUUUUGUAUAAUAAUUUUUUGGUUUCUUUUUUGUACGAAUCUUCUGUUACAUUAUCUGAACAGAGUUUGGAAAAUCCUCAAAUCCGUCGUGAUCUCAUUAA